AUGGUGCAUCAGCACCACCCGCCCCUGUUUCCCCUCCCUGGCCUCAGGCCCAGCCCAGGGAACCACCUGGACUCCCCUCUCUUCCUCAACCAAGCCCAAAAACGGGCAGCCCAACUCCUGCCCCGAAACCCUAGCAACGCCAGGAGAGGAACACGCCCGCGCGGGAGACCUCCCGCUCGAACCCCCUCUUCCCGCGCGCCCCCUUCCCUCGCUGCUGACGCAAGCCCUCACGUCAUCACCCAGCACCGCCCCGACGUCAGCAACUCGCCAUCCAUUGGCCAACGCCACCGCCCUGCUUGGCCAUUGGUCGUGGUCACCGCCCGCUCCCGCCUGCUGCUUCCCCGCCCGCCUAUAAAAGGCGCCCCAGCUCGCUCUCCUCCUCCACACUACCCCUCUCCACCCUCCCAGCUCUCUCACAGAGUACUGAGGAGCUCUGCCCCGCUGCUGCUCGCCGGAGAAAAGCCCCCGCCCGUGGUCACCGCGUGGGUGACGGGCACGAGCUCGGACGCCCCAUCGCUCCCACCUCCCCCUCUCUAG